CCACGCCCCCCGCGCGCGCCGUUAAAUCCCCCCACCAGGCUGCAGCUGCACCUGCACCCCGCCCCGGAGCAGCACCAUGCCUGUCCCUCGCCUCUGCGCGCUGGCCGCCGCCCUCCUCCUCGGACUGCUGCUGCUCGGCCUCCCUCCGGCCACAGGUGCAGGCGUGCAGAGGGCCGGCGUGUGUCCGCAGCAGCUCCAGGCGGACGCCAACUGUACCAAGGAGUGCCGCGUGGACAGCGACUGCGCCGACCACCGCAAGUGCUGCCAGGCCGGCUGCGGCACGGUCUGCUCCGUACCCAACGAGAAGCCAGGUUCCUGCCCCAAUGUGGACUUACCCCAGCUUGGCAUCUGUCAGGACCAGUGCCAGGAGGACAGCCAGUGUCCCGGCCUGAUGAAAUGCUGCCGCAAUGGCUGUGGAAAGGUGUCCUGUGUCACACCCAACUUCUGAGCUCCAGCCACCACCAGCCUGAGGAAGGGGGAGGGGAAGCUUCUGCCAGGCCACACACCUGGCUCCAUCAUAGCCACCCUCCUUUCUUUGUGGUCCCGCAUUCCUUCCUGGGCUGACCACGGCUUCUCCUUUCUCCCACCAAUAAAGUGACCACUUUCAGCA